AUGAUAAUAAGCGAUAACGUUGUCCGAUAAUUGUAAAUUCCAAUGAUUUAAACAAUAAUAAUUGUAAGAUACAUUUUUUCUAUUAUUGUACCGCUAUAAUAAAUUAUACUUUAUGUCUUAUGAUUUCUAUUGGAAAUUGGUUCGGUUAUCAUUGUAAACAUUUAUAAUGAGCGAUUCAUGUAGUGAAAAUACUGACUUUUUAGUAUCAUUACCUUCAGAUUUUUUUCAAGUACAUACUUCGGACAGUGAAACUAUUGAAGAUACAGUUACUGAAGAAGUAUCUAUUGAAUCAAGUAGUUUUAAAGAAGUUAUUGACAAUUUAGUAACAAACUUAGACUCCUUAACCAAUCAGUUAUAUGAUAUUGAGAAGAUGGAAACAACCUAUAUAAAUAAUGGUCUUUCUAGUCCAUUAAGUGCAUCUUCUCCAAUUAGGCGAACUAGGAAAAAAGAAAAACAAAUUGGGUUUGACUCGAUUGAAACGUUGAUGAAUGAUAUGGUUAAAACAUAUGAGUAUAAUAAUAAGAUUUUUAAAACACUAGAAAAGAACUAUUCAUCUCGAAAUGCUAGUUUUUGUGAAGAAAAAGAUAAGUUAUCUAAGAAGGCUCGAGAAUUUAACAAUGAAGCAAACAAUAAUCAACAAAGCCCCUGUACUAAUCCAGAUAAUAUUAACUCAAAUAUAUCAAUACUGGGAGAUGUAGAUAAUUUUGAUUCUGUGUCAAAAGAAAAUUUAUGGUUAAAGCUCGGAAAAGAAAUUUAUCAAAGACAAAAUAUUGAACAAAAAGUCGUUAAUUUAGAAGAAAAGAUUUCACAUUAUGAGAAGAAAUUAACAGAAUGUAAAGAAAUAGAUCAUCAAAAAACCAAUUUACUUGAUGAACUAGCUGCACGAUCUGCAAUGAUUCUAAAUCAAGUUAGAAAAUAUAGUAAUAUUAAUGAAAAGAUAAGUCAAGAUUUGAUAGCUGAACGUAAAACCAAACAAGCUGCCUUAGUAGCCAUGAAAGAAAAAAUUGAAUGCUAUAAAAGUGAUUUAAAUGAAGCUAAUAUACAAAUAAAUUCUUAUAAAGAUAGAACAGAAGCCGCAGAAAAAAGAUUAAAUGAAGUAAUAAAUAAUAAUAAAAAAGUUAAAGAACAUUUGGAUAAAAUGCGAUUGGAUCUAGAACAGAAAUAUAAAGAAAUUGAAAUUAUUCAAAAUGAAUUAAUUACUACCAAAGAAGAAAAUAAAAAUCUAAAAAACAUGUAUGAAAAUACAAUUAAAAAAUGCUGCCAAUUAGAAAGUGAUAUGCUAUUAGUGGAUCAUGAAAAAAAGGCACUAAAUGAAAAGACUGUAAGAUAUGACCAGCUUUUGGAUCAAAAGCGUAGAAUUGAAGAAAUAGUUAAUGAAAUGAAAAAUAAAGAGGCACAAACAAUCGAUGAACUAAACGAGGCCAAAGAAGAAAUUAAAACUGUAAAAAAUGAACUAAAGCUGUUUUAUCAGAAACAGCUAGAUGCUAUGUUAGCUGAAAAAGUAAUAGACUAUCAAAGAAAACUCGAUGGAAUAGUACAAAUGACAAAUGAAGAGAACAACUUAAUUAAAAGGCAAAUGGCUAAUAAAUUAUCAGCCCUAAAAGAAAGGUAUGAAAAGGAUAAAAUCCAGUUAAAACAGAAGUAUUCAACAGAUUUAGAAAUCUUAGAAAAUACAUUAAAAGAAAAAUCUUAUUGUAUAAAUGCUUUAGAAAAACAAUUAGCAUCUGAGAUUAAAGAAAAACGACAACUAGUACAAAGUGUGAUGGGUGUAGUAAAAAACGUUAAUGUUGACAAUCAGCCUGUAAUACCGAAAGGAAAUAGUGAAGUAAAAUACCAAAAAAAAGUAGUAAAUAAUGAAAAAUCAAAGUACGAAGAUGUUAUUCCAUUCCAUGAACAUGAAAAAUUACUUCGUCAAAUUAGUCCAACAGAAUUAAGAAAACAUAUUGAAAUACUUUUAAAUAGAUAUCCUGGAGAACCGGUUUCAUCAAAUUAAUAGUGUUGUACAUUGUAUUUAAUCAAUUUUUUCUCAAGCAAUGUAUUAAUUUCUUCAAUUAUAUUUGGCACCUCCUUUGUCUUUCUCUUCUUAACACUUGAAUUGUGUUUUUGUAUUAAUGUA